AUGGCGAUUGUUUGCAGGCUUGUAUGGCAUGCCUCCAGCUUUCCAGCCACUUUUAUGACUGAGUUAAAAGAUAAGAGAAUGUUCGAGUACAAAAUCAAAGUUUCGGCCUUUUAUCCAAAUACUCAUGCGUCUAUCUAUCGCUUCGCAGCUCAGCCACUUCUAGACUCGAAACAUAAUGCUUUUGCUCCGUGGAUAGAUAAUCACACCGGACAGGCACCUGUUCGUCAAUGCGAAGAAAGAAAUUGUGGAACAGACCGUCGCCCAUUUGCAGUCAUGGCGCCCAAAAUGAAAAGGCACGCGACUUCCAUGAUCAUUGGCUCGAUGCAGUUUCUAUGA